AUGACCAACAGGCACAACCAUCACAAUUUCAUUGUCCGUCGUGUUUUUGCUAUUUACGCCACCUUUGUCCCCAACGUGUUCAAUUUGUUUCCUAUCGUUUUUGCCUUCGUCGCUCCAUCCCGACAGUUUGGGCGCUCUUCGUUUCACAGUCAGCCAAAGUUGUUAAUGUCUGCUUCGGUCGAUUCUAAAGUGGAUCAUGUUGUGAUCGCAGGGGCUGGGAUUGUGGGCACGACAACUGCGUAUUUUUUGGCCAUGCGUUACGAUGUACGGGUUACGUUAGUUGAUCCCACGGGUUCCAUUGCUCCUGCCGCGUCUGGAAAAGCUGGAGGGUUUCUAGCCAAAGACUGGAACGACAACAGUCCAACUGAGGCCUUAACACGCCGAUCGUUCGACCUGCACCAGCAGCUUGCUGACGAACUAGGAGCCAAUACAAUUCAGUACCGGCGAUUGACUUGUGCGGCAGUCAGCGUCGAUCCGUUUUCAUCGCGGCGUCCGAACGGUAAAAAACUUUCGACGGUGGAAUGGGCUCAGCAUGACGACUUAGCGCAAAACACUGUUCGAGGAAUGCAACCACUGGGCGACGAGUCUACAAUUGCCCAAGUGCAUCCGAAACGAUUGUGCGAGGAGCUUUGGAAGGCUGCAAAGAAACAGGUGGGUGGAAAUUCACUUCGUCAAGGGAGUGUGAUCGGUGCCGUACAUGACGAUGAAUCUGGGCGUUUGCAAGGUGCCAAGCUUGGCGACGGUAGUUUGCUGGAAUGCGACGCGCUACUGUUCGCCUGUGGUCCGUGGACAGCCCCCAGUAUGAUGCAAGGAGUAAAGUAUCAUUCUGUAGUUAUUCCUACCAGCAGGGUCCUUUCGCAGUGCGUCUUUUUCAGUGGCUGUGGAGAUCCCGAAGUAUACGUGCGACCUGAUCAAACCGCGUAUUGCACCGGUUUUCCAGAAGCAGCUGUCGUUGUGGACGAACAACCGGGCGAGGAGUCGAUCCGUGAGGACAAGCUGCAGACCAUUCUGGAGUCAGUACGUGACGCGUCUGGAAUUUCUGGUACUGGUGAUGGCGUGUUGUCGCAGGAGCCAGUUUUGGGACAAGCAUGUUAUCUUCCUACGUCAAUUGACGGUAUUCCAGUGAUGGGCCGGAUCCCGGAGCAGUUGGGGUGUUACGUGGCGGCUGGCCACGGAUGCUGGGGUAUUCUUUUAGGACCUGCUACUGGCGAAGCCAUGGCCAAUCUGAUAGUGAACGGCUCGUCGAUACCAAACGUUAAUAUGGAAGUUUUCAAUCCUACUCGUUUUGCUACUCCUUGGAAUAUUCCUACCGCGGCAGCAGCCGCGUUGAUAAAGAAAUAG